GUGCUGCGCAACGGGCAGCGCCUGCCGCCAACGGUCAGUGCGCUGACAGACGCGGCGCCGCCACCACUCCUUACGUCUUCGAUCCCACAGGGGAUUCUGUAUGCGCCUCUAUGUCUUAUGUAGAGGCGGAUGUCCCACUCUCUCCCGGGUUCUUCGCACCAUACGGGAAGUCUGGACGGAAUCCGACGCCAGCUCCCUUGAUAGGCAGCAGGGCAUGGCUCGGGCAGGCGCCGGCGCUGGCGGCCCGCGGUGGCAGCGGCGGCUGUCGCUGCCCGAGGCGGUGAUGCGGCGCUACGCCGUGCAGCUGGCGCAGUCCGACGACAGCGAGGACGCCAGGGCCUCCGAGCCCGCUCCCAGUCCGCCCGCCACAGGAAGCGAGUGGAGUACCGGCCGCUCAGGCAGCAGUCGGAGUACCACCUUGCCGUACAACAAUAGCCCUCAUUCCGAAGGCAACCUCGAGAUCCUUGACAGCGCUGGCCGUACGUCAACUUCGGGAACUGAGGCCAACAGUAGAGUUCCCGAGCUGUCAACUGUCAUCAACUGCAAGCCGUGCUGCCCGGGAGCAUCGCCCGUCAGCGUAUCGUGUCCCAGCAGCCGAGCCUCGGUGGGCUGCCAGAGUGGUGAGCCGUCGACAACAGUGAGCAGCAGUUUUCGUACAGCGAUUGAUGUUAAUGCCGUAGACCAGCCUCGGAACUGUUGCGCCGAGAUCGACGUAACACCAUCCUCAGCAACUGCAGCACUGCCUGCGUCGCACAACGGGGACACCUUUCUGGCAGAGUGUGUCCGCUUUCUCGAGCGCGCAGAUAAAGGCAUGGAGCCCUUGACCCCCACCAGUGGCUGUUCGACGUCCAAUCCCAGGAGCAAGUCGUCCAGCAGCAACGGCGGCUAUCUACAGUUCCUAGAUCGCCCAGCUACGCCCUCCUCGAGCAGCAGCGCCAGUGUAAAGACGAUCACAGACGUUCAGAGAGCGCGCGAUACGUUUUCGGCGUGCUCAAAACGAGACUCGAGGGUGUGUGCCCUAGUGAGGGGCAGAGACUCAGUGGAUCCGUGUGCAGCGUUCAACAGUUUUACCGGUGGAUCGGGAUGUGUUUCGAGAGCGGACAAGGCCAUCAGUGCCAACGUGUUGGCGGAGGUGGGUGGGGGAUGCGAUGUGAUUGCGGGUAGUAGCUACUGCGAGGGAGAGAGGGCGCAAGUUUGCGUUGCACGCUACUCCGCCUUGCCACGCUCCGUCUCCAUGUUGGUUAAUGUAUCCUCUGCGGAGUGUAGCAGCAGCAGUGACGAGGAGGACUCGGAAAGCGGGCUGAGCCUGGUGGACAGCCUCGAAGACACGCAGCUGAAGGCGUUCUUCGUGCCAGUUGGGGGGUCCGGCCCGCGGCCCGCCACGGAGAGAGCGCUGGCUCUCAGCCUGCCUCGCAGCCUACACCGGAAGCUCUCCGAGCGCCGCCGACAGCUCAUCGAGAGGCAGCGUCGCUGCAGAGAGCAGCACAAGCUGUCCGCUCCAGUUACCGAAAAGCGGGACGCGAGGCCGGCGUCAAAACUCAACGCGAGUGCGCACUUGCACAAAAAACCGACGCUCAGUCUUCCAGAUAUCAACCAGCCCAGGCGUGCCUGCAGAAGACUCAGUCCAAUAGUGUACAACGAAUCUGCCAAGAAGGCAGAAAGUAACCACACCGAAGCCAACUGGAAAAGUACUUCUAUUGCACCACUUCCUCAGGACCGGCAACCCACGACGGACAAAGAUAGCCCCAAAAAAAUGGGUGUCUCUUCAGAAAUACAGACUCAAGAGAAACGCCACAAUUGUGCCACAACGUUUCUACCUCCACCUAGACAUCGCUUAGACACAAAGACUUCCCAGAGAGAUAGUGCCAAAGUAAUUCGUAGACACUCGUGCAUCAAUAACAUGUCGGCAUCGCCGAGACCUGAACUAAGGACCUCUAGACGUACUUCUGAUAGUAUACAGAAAAUGAAAAGGGCCAAUAAUGAAACCGCGAAGCCCAUAUCCGCAGAUGGAAGAGAUGCAGCAGUUGUGGUUCCGCCUACAAAAACUGAAACGCCAAUAUUAGAUACUCUUGAGCCACUUGAGCCACUCGAGCCAAAUGUCACCGAGGAAGAGAAUGUGCCUUUACUUAUUCCAGAUAACAGUUACAAUGAAAAAGACGAGAAAAUUGAAGUGCCUUUGGAGUCAGCAGACGUUGCUAGCCAUUGCAAGCCAGAAACGAAUUCUGUAAACGGAACAGACAAAUUUCGGAAUUUAGCCCCGGCUGAAGACACACGUGAUCGAACAAAUUGCCCCAAGCCCUUGUUAAAAUCAGUAAUUCCCACGAAACCUUUGUUAAAAUCAGCUGUUCCCGUUAAGAAAUGGACGAGCACAAUGUACGGAAAGAAAGUGCCCGACAGUGAGGCGAUCGUGCGGCCAAAUUCUCGCAAACCGUCCCGGUUGCCCGUUAGGAAGCUUUCGAGGCUACUCCCACCAGCUCCUUCGCCGUGCUCCAACAAUUUGCUGUCCAGCACGUACUGCCACAGGUUCGAAGUAAUUCCAGAAGAGAGAAGCGCUUCUCUCGACUCGUCGAACGAAGACACGGUCCGCAGCGUGGCAGACAGGUCGAGGCAAUCGUCACUCUGCAACAAACUCACCAAGAAGGAGCUGGACAACAUAGAAUCUUACAAGGGGAAAGAGGCUCUCUCCAACGAGAACGACCUGCUUUCCAUUUCUAAGGGAUGGAUCAAUUUCUACCUUCUGAAAGAGAAUCGAUUGGAAGACACGCCGCUAGAUGAACGAGGCGGGCGACAGCUGACGGCCCCCGCCCCCGCCCCCACACCCGCCGUGGAGUCGUCGCCAGCGUACAGCAGCGACUCGCCGCCGUCGCCCCCGCCGCCGCCGCCGGCCCGCCGCCGCCCCCGCCCCCGGCAGCAGCCCGCCCCGCUGCCGCGACCCGCCUCUCCUGCCUCUCCGGCGUGCGCAGCUGCCACAGGAUGGUCAGUGACGGUGGCGGCCAACCUGCACCAGUCCGAGGAGCUGGAGAUGCGGCUGUCGUUCCCGGCGUGCGUGCACAGCGCGGUGACCAGCCAGUCGGACUCCGGCGUGGGCGAGGAGAACAGCGGCUGCCUCGUCGCCACUCCGCAGCCUCCGCCGCCGGCUCUGCCGCCGAGCCAGCCGCGCUUCACGCUCACACUGCGCAGCCGCGCGCAGCGAUCUGUUAAUCACAUAACGGAGCUGCCCCAUAGUGAUAAACGACAGUUUCAGUAUUUCCCAGAUGUGAACAACACAACAGGCCUGAAUAAAAGUUCUAAGAAAUCCACAAAGACAGGAGACAUAUUACUUCCAAUAACUACACAUUCAGCAGGAGAUGAAAUGAAAAGACAAAGAAGGCUGUCAGUUCCGUGGCCUGACUUACAUCGAUCUAACUCCAUUGUUCGCAAAAGGACAGCAUAUCCAUCUACCAAACUACAGACGCUGAGUGUGAAGGGCUGUGCCAUCACUCCGGAAAGGAAGUUACACUUUCGGGCCGCGAGUGAACGAGAUAUUUCCCGUGCAUUCGCAACGUGAGACGAACAGUGCUGGCAAACAGAAGACAAUAAAGACGAAUACUGACUUCGCAAGUGUGCCCCGCUGUUCCUAUCUGGAAUUUACAAAUAUAUUCGAGUGUAGCGUUGACUGUUUGUAAUAAAUAUGCCAUUGCAUCUCAAUCCUGAUCUUCAGUACAAAGCUGUAAUUUUCUAGACAAGUUUGUGUACUCCCCUAUUCUAAAUGUGAUGUCGUGACUGAGACAUCGAGUCCAACCACUGAGAGUAACAGCACAUUAGGUGAUCUGAAAAUCAUCUGCAGAGCAAUCAAGCAUUUUCUUUUCUUUUGAAUUGUACUUCCUUGUAAAUAUUCUGCCAGAAACUUUCCUAAGUA